GAUCAAGGGAUGGAUGCACGAUGCUGAAUGCUAUCUCGUGUGUGAAAUUCAGGAUAUCGAUUAUGUAUUUUUAACUUGCCCCUUUUCCCCGUAUAUGUUAUGAGCUAACAGAAAUUUGUUAGUUUUUGCCAACACCCAACAGGUCGUUUUGAACAAUUUUGACGAAAGUAGUGAAGAAAUGUUCGUACGCAAGACGUUGUUCUAGUGAAAUUUACGUGCGCUUUUGUGGUGUUUUGGAUCAACUUGAUGGAAUAGCAGGAAAUCGAAAAAUUACAAAUGUUAUCAGGAAUUAAUAGUAAUAUGACAGACAGAUGGAGAAACGUCAAACGCCGGGUAGCUAAGUCGGAAAGCUUUAGUAAUUUGUCUUAAGUUGCAAGAAUGUCGUCGGACUCGAAGGUGGACUCGACAAGAAGGAGAGCAGCAGAGGAGUCAGAAUAGGAAAGACACUCUCUGCUAGAGGAACAGGAACGGAAAGCAAGGAUAACUCAUCGCCGUCGUCAACAUUUUUGGACUGGAUGAAGAUGUCUUUUAUUAAUGGCUGUUGCCAGAAACUAUAACUUCGCCAUCACUCGGUAUCUUCGAAACUAUGGCGCUUUGGACCAAGAAGGGUAGAAACCGAUCUGCGUACACGGAGGUAUUAGAUAAACUGAAGCGGGAGUUCUAUCAAAGAUGGGAUAAGAAAACUUUAUCUUCCAGUCAAGGUCUAGAGGAAUUUACCAAAAUCAAGACGCUGGGUACCGGAUCUUUUGGGAGAGUGAUGCUUGUGAAACACAAAGAUAGUGACAACUUCUACGCCAUGAAAUGCAUAGAGAAAGUACGUAUUAUAAAGUUGAAGCAAGUAGACCACACGCUCUAUGAAAAGAAGAUAUUAGAAGCUAUAAGGUUCCCGUUCAUUAUAUCUUUGGAAUGGAGCUUCAAAGAUAACAGCUAUCUAUACUUUGUGAUGCCGUUCAUAAAUGGUGGAGAAAUGUUUACGCAUCUGAGACGGAUGCGUAAAUUCAAUGAGGUACUGGCUAGAUUCUAUGCUUCACAAGUGCUUCUCGCCUUAGAAUUUCUACAUUUCUGUGACAUUCUCUACAGAGACCUGAAACCCGAAAACAUUUUGAUAGAUUCGAAAGGUUACGUUAAAAUAGCUGAUUUAGGAUUCUGCAAGAUCGUAAAAGGUAGGAACCUGGACGCUCUGCGGCACCCCGAGUACAUAGCGCCCGAGAUAAUCUUAAGCAAGGGUACGGCAAAGCGGUCGACUACUGGUCAUUCGGGGUACUACUCUUCGAAAUGAGCGCAGGUUACCCUCCUUUCACAAGCUCAGACCCCAUGAAGGUCUACGAGAGGAUAAUCGCCUGCAAGUACAAAUGUCCGGGGAGUUUCUCGAGUGAGCUGACGGAUAUUAUCAAGAAUUUGUUACAGCUGGAUUGAGUAGAAGAUUCGGCAAUUUAAGGAGUGGCGUACAAGAUAUAAAAACCACCGUUGGUUCAGAGACGUAGAGUGGUUAGCUCUAUAUAAUAGGCAGGUGGAACCACCAUUCAGACCUGCAAUCAAAUCGAUGGGCGACACCAGCAACUUCGAUCCCUUCGACGAGGAGAAGAUGCGUGUCAGCGUCCAUGAUCUAUACAAAGAAGAGUUUGAAAAGUUCUAAGGAAAACAGCUUGUUGCAACUGGUGUUCUGUUCAAAGUACUCAGUGGUCGUGAUGUUUAAGAGAAUUGAUGUGUCAUUUUUAUAUGUGUUUAUGUCACCGUUUUCUAUUAUUUAAUUAUAAAUUAAGGAUCUAAUAUGUGUUUGUGUUCGCUAUAAUGUUUUGUCAUCUCAAGCAACACUAUUUGUCUAGUCAUUCGUCGACAGAUUCGGCAUCCAGGCUACAAUAAUAAGAGAUGAUCGAUAUUGUUAUUUUUGAAUAUGUGUGAUAUCUGAUAUCGGUAUUUUUUGAUACCAUGACGUGAUUACCACUUUCGAAUAACUAUAAGAUUAUGGGUAUACAUACUGAUGUCCAAAGUACGGCGAUGAAAUCGCAAACAGCCAACUAACAAAGCCUAUGAGGCACGAUUUCACUUGCAGGCCACAAUACUCUCACGAUGGUAUACGAUUUUCGACUAUGGAGUAUGGACUAAUUGUAUAUGGGCCCGUUUGCCUGACUUGACCCAUUUACUUAUUUCUUUGUUAUACAAGGAACAAACUUGGGCCGAACAUAAACUAAUGGCAGCUUUGCAUAGGAAGUGCAGA